AUGGCUUCAUAUCUUCCUCGUACAGCUCCCAGAGCUUUAGGCUACUUGAAGUCCGUCGCGCGACCGAAUGUGGCGCAUACACGCCCUGCAUUCCACACUCGUCGCUUCUUAGCAACGUCGACGGAGCAGCCACGUCUACGAUUGGGGGCUACAGCCCCGAAUUUCAAGGCCAAAACGACCAUUGGCGACAUCGAUUUCCACGAAUACAUUGGCAAUAGCUGGGCCAUUCUGUUCUCCCACCCCAAGGACUACACUCCUGUCUGCACGACAGAGCUGGGGGCUUUUUCCAAGCUGAAGGGCGAGUUUGAUAGGCGAGGCGUCAAAAUGAUUGGCUUGAGUGCCGACGACCUGGGCAACCACGAAAAAUGGGUCUCGGAUAUCAACGAAAUCUCAAAGACAAACGUGACAUUCCCCAUCAUUGCCGAUAGCGACCGUGCUAUCGCAUACAAGUACGACAUGAUUGCGCAAGAGGACAUUGACAAGAAGAACGAAUUGCCCUUGACGAUCCGCUCCGUCUUCGUGAUCGAUCCGAGCAAGAAGAUCAGACUCACGAUGCUGUACCCCGCGUCGACGGGCAGAAACUCUGCCGAGGUCUUGAGGGUCAUCGACUCGCUACAGACCACAGACAAGAAGGGUGUAGCUACGCCGAUCGACUGGAAUGUGGGUGACGAUGUCAUAAUCCCGGUGCCGGUGUCGACGGAAGAUGCGAAGAAGAAGUUUGGCGACGUCAGGGAGGUCAAGCCAUACCUGCGGUACACUAAUGUUGGGAAAUAG